AAGAACAGGUACAUAAUCAAGAAGCCACUUAUCGAUAUCGAUAGACGUGAUGUGCAAAAGUACUGGCGCCACCGUUGUCAUGGAAAUGAUGCACCAAGCCAAAUAAAAACAUUAGAAAAAUUCAAUUAUGCAGCAGGUAUAGCCGUCCUUUGAGUUUUUGAAAAAAUGCGUGGUGUGCUCAAAUGGUUGGAGCGUAUCGAGUUUCCCAAUGGCAAGGAUGAGCAAACCAGCGUUCAUGCCGUUUGUUAUUCGCCGGAUGGUAAUCAAUUAAUUGUGGCAGCUGGAGACCGUCUACUUAUCUACGAUCCCAACAAUGGCUCUCUGCUCAAUACCCUCAAAGCUCACAAGGAUAUUGUCAAUUGUGUGGCCUAUUCCCGCGAUGGCAAGCGAUUUGCCAGCGGCGCCGCUGAUAAAAUGGUCAUUGUGUGGUCACCACAGCUGGAGGGGCUGCUCAAAUAUUCCCACGGAGAUUCCAUACAGUGUAUGUGCUUCAAUCCUAUCUCGCAUCAUUUGGCCUCCUGCUCCAUCUCGGAUUUUGCCUUCUGGUCAGCAGAUCAGAAAGCGGUACAAAAGUACAAGAUAUCUGCGCGGGUGAAUGCCUGCUCCUGGACCAAUGAUGGCCAAUACUUGGUUUUAGGGUUGGCCAACGGCACUAUAUCCAUACGCAAUAAAUUGGGAGAAGAGAAGGGACGCAUUGAUCGGCCAGGUGGCCCAAAUAGCACCGUCUUUGGGGUGCAGUGCUGUCCAGCCAGCGGAAGCGGCAACUCCGUGGAUACCAUUGCCGUUGCGGAUUGGGGUCAGACGCUAUCAUUUCACACGCUCAGUGGCCAGAUGAUAGGCAAGGAGCGUGCUCUUGGCUUUGAGCCACUUUGCCUACAGUAUUUCCCCAAUGGAGAAUUUUGUUUGGUUGGCGGUUGCACGGGCUCCUUGCAUUUCUUUACUCGUGACGGAGUGCGUCUGGGAACACUUGGCGACGGAUUCGACUCAUGGAUUUGGGCGGUCGCCUUGCAUCCUAAUGGACAGUCGUAUGCAUUUGGCUGUCAGGACGGCACGCUGGCAUGCUUUAACAUUGCCUCCAGCACUGUGCACGCGCUUUAUCGCGAACGGUAUGCCUUUCGUGAGAACAUGUGCGAUGUGAUAAUCCAGCAUUUGAUAUCGGGCCAGAAGGUGCGCAUUAAGUGUCGAGAUUUGGUACAGAAAAUUGCCAUCUAUCGCAAUCGUUUGGCUGUUCAGCUGCCGGAGCGUGUGGUACUGUACGAGCUCAGCUCUGGCGAAGAUCAGCCAAUGCAUUACAAGGUAAAAGAGAAGAUACAAAAGAAGUUCGACUGCAGUUUGUUGGUGGUCUGUGGACGCCACAUUGUGCUCUGCCAAGAAAAACGAUUACAGUGUCUAGACUUUUCGGGCACACUGGAGCGCGAGUGGAUGAUGCUUGCCUUUAUACGCUACAUAAAAGUGACGGGUGGACCCGUGGGACGUGAAGGUCUCAUGGUGGGUCUAAAGAAUGGUCAAGUGUUUCGUAUAUUUCUGGACAACUCGUUGCCUUUGUUGAUUACCACGGUGGUGUCUGCGGUGCGUUGCUUGGACAUCAAUUCUGUUCGCAGCAAAAUAGCUGUUGUCGAUGAUGCUGGUCGCCUGUUGGUUCGUGACAUAGUUAACGAUACUAUGCUGUAUCAGGACUCGGGCGUCAAUUCGGUUACCUGGAACACACAUUUAGAUAGCAUGCUGUGCUAUACCCAUACCACCGGAGGAUUAAGCGUUCGUGUCGGAAACUUACCACCGCGUGCACCACAGAAUAUGCAUGGAGUGGUUGUGGGGCUAUGUGGUGCCACUGCUUUUUGUCUACGUGGGAACAUUAUGCAUAAUACGCCCCUAGCACUGGGCGCAACCAUGUGGCAGUUCAUAGAAGCGGGCCUGUUUGACGAAGCAUAUCAGGUCGCCUGUCUAGGCGUUACCACAAGUGACUGGGAGGGCCUGGCCCAAUCCGCAUUGGAGGCGCUUCAUAUAAACAUAGCGCGGAAUGCUUAUGUCAAGAUACGCAAUCUUCCCUGGUUGCAGCUCAUAGCUGAGCUGCGUGAACAACAGCAGCGCUCUGCAGUGCCUAAGGAGGUGUUGAUGGCGGAGAAUUGUGCUUUUGCUGGUAAAUUCAAGGAGGCCGCACGCCUUUUUCUAAAGUGCGACCACACGCAGCGUGCCCUUGAAAUGUACACAGAUCUGCGUAUGUUCGAUUUGGCACAGGAGUACCUUAAGGAUGGUAGCGAGGCGGAGAAACGCGAACUGGUGUGCAAACGCGCUGAAUGGGCGUAUUCGGUGAGGGAACCGCGAGCUGCUGCCGAACUGUUGCUCUCAGCUGGCGAACAUCAAAAAGCCAUCGAUAUUGUAGCCGAACAAGGAUGGGCCGAUGUCCUCUAUGAUAUCGGACGUCGUUUGAGCUUAAGUGAACGCGAUGCUCUACAAUCGGUGGCCCAGAACUUGAAAACUUUAAAGGCUCUGCCAUUGGCAUCUGAGAUAUUUAAAAAGUUGGGUGAUGAGGCGCAAGUGGUUCAGUUACAUGUAGAGGAGCACGAUUGGAAUGAAGCGUUUCGCUUGGCCGAAUCUCUACCGGAUCUGUUACCCACAGUCCACUAUCAACAUGCGCAAUGGCUGGCGGAAACGGAUCAAUUCAUUGAAGCACAUCAAGCCUAUUUAAAGGCCGGUCGUACUAAGGAUGCCAAUCGGUUGCUGAAACAUCUCAGCAAUACUGCCAUAGCUGAGGAACGUUAUCUGGACACAAGUUACUUUUAUUUUCUGCUGGCCAGGCAAUAUUUGGACAUGUACCACGAAAAGGCAAAUCAAAAUCCUAUUGAUCAUCAUCUGAAUGAGUACAAAAAUCAUAUGCGCAUUGCCAAAGUUUAUUAUGCCUACAGUGUCAUAUAUAAUUAUAUGAAGGAGCCCUUCACCACACACUCCCCAGUAAGUCUUUUUAAUGUGAGCCGUUUCAUAUUGAACGAAGUGGAACAUAAGGGCGCGCCCAAAGGAGUGAGCAUGUUUUCCGUGCUCUUUACGCUAGCCAAGCAGGCAAAAUUUCUACAGGCCAACAAGUUGUGCCUUUUGGUCAACAAACGUUUGCAGUCCUUAAAGCCACCAGCUGGCGUGCAGGAACAAAUUGAUAUCAAUUUCCUAAAUAGCAAAGCCUGUAAAAGUGGCUUCAAUGAUCCCGAGGAAUUGUUGCCUUUGUGCUACAAAUGUUCCAACUAUAGUCAGCAUUUAAACAACAAUAGUUGCCCCACCUGCAAACAGGACUACAUAUUCUCAUUUGUUUCAUUUGAAAUCCUGCCCUUAGUACAAUUUUAUCCCGAAGUGGAUAUCUCGGAUGCGGAGGCUGAACGCCUGCUCUUGGCACCCGCCAAGUCUGGUGAGGAUGCGGAUCCCUUCAAUGAGGAUGUGGCCAGUGCUUUACCUUUAAGCUUAGAUCGCAACGCCCUGCGUGCCAUUGAUCCGAAUCAUGUAUUAAUACUCAAGCGUCAUGACAAAAAUGUGCGCAAUAUUUAUUAUCGCAACAUAUUGCCGGAUCUUCAAAUUACUUACUGUCCGGAGUGUUUUCUUCUGUUCUAUGCCGAAGACUUUGAGCUGCAAGCGUUGCAAAAAGGUUACUGUCCAUUUUGCCGCACGCCAACCGAUAAGCUGCUGGAAGGCUUUUAAAAAGGAUCUUAAUUUAAUAUAAAUCUGUUAAUUUACAUUCAAUUUCCGUCCAGUACUUAUUUAAUUUGUCUACAUUAAAAUAUAUUUUGUGCAUACUAGGAA